ACCGUUGCAAAUGAGUGAUUUAUAAACAGCUUUUUAUAAGAAAAGGUUGGACUAAACUACAUGUUUAAGGAUCACUUUGAGUGAUCUCAGCAGUCAAAAGGGAAGAAUCAUUUGCAAACUGCCCAGAAGUGGUUGAGACUCCACAGCAGUGUGGUCUAGUUGUGGAUUCAACAUGACAUGCUUCACGUGCCUGAUCUUUCUGUGUCUUUUCUCUCAGUCUGUGGAUUGUGAUGCUGAUGGAAAUGGAUACUUCAUGUACGCCGACUUCUGGUGUGCCGUGUACUCCAGAGACCGGGAGCAGGUGGAAUAUCUGGUCGACUGGUAUUUUAACGAAGAGUUUAUGAUGCAGUACAACAGCACGGUCGGCAGCUGGGUGGGCUUCACUCCAGCUGGAUUAGUAUCUGCGUCUAUGUUAAAUGAAGACAAGCAUGAUCUUCUGCAGAGGAGAGUGGAGAAGCAAAUGAUAUGUGUCAACAAUGUCGAUUUGAUAUUUAACACAACUGAGGAGAACAUGGCUGAACCCAGCGUCACUCUUGUGGAGACCACCAGCUCCAGCCACGACACCAUGCUGGUGUGCAGCGCAUACGACUUCUACCCCAAAUACAUCAGGGUGACGUGGUACCGGAACGGACAGGAAGUGACCUCGGGCGUGACCUUUAGCGAGGUGAUGACAAACGGAGACUGGACCUAUCAGGUCCACUAUUACCUGGAGUACACACCUGGCCAGCAGGACAAUGUCAGCUGUAUGGUGGAGCAUGUCAGCCUCAGGAAACCCAAGGUGUAUGACUGGGAUUCCUCCAUGCAUCGGACUGAGAGAAGCUACCUGAUUGGUGGAGCGUCUGCCCUGCUGUUGGGAGCAGUGUUACUGUCCGCGGGACUGGUCCACUACAGGAGGAAAAGCUCUGAUCCACGAUUUUCAAACGCUCUAUGAUCCAAUAAUAAUUACCCUGUUAAAUCAGUCAUUAGCAUAUUUUCAACUUGGACCUCAUUUUCCUCUCCUUU